CUAGCUAGUUAAUUCAGACGGACAUUGCGUGUGAAUGCGGUGUGUGGACUGUCAACAACAUCCCCCUGCAAUUACGUAAUGUUGCUAGCUAGGUGGCUAGCUAUGGCUGGGUUUGGGAUGUUACGGUGUGCCAUGUCGCCGGCGAAAUUGACUUUCGAGGACCGCAAUCCACCAGCAGCGGUUUAUUCUCCCGCUAGCUGCGGUCCCUUCCCCGGAGGCAAUCUGGCGGCCCUUCGGCUAGAGGCGGAGGAGAAGGAGCUGGGGGCCAUGGCCUGGGUGCUGAAGAUGGACGAUGCCACUAUCGAGUCAGGGCUGGUACACGACUUCGAUGCCAGUCUGUCGGGCAUCGGGCAGGAGCUGGGGGCUGGCGCAUACAGUAUGAGUGAUGUGCUGGCCCUGCCAAUCUUUAAACAGGAGGACUCCAGUCUUCCUUCAGACUGUGAGAGCAGCAGUCUCAACCCUCCCUUCCAGUACGUUCUCUGUGCUGCCACCUCCCCUGCUGUCAAACUACACGAUGAGACGCUCACCUACUUGAACCAAGGCCAGUCUUAUGAGAUCCGUAUGCUGGACAACCGAAAGCUGGCAGAGUUACCAGAGAUUAACAACAAGAGUGUCAAGAGCAUCGUUAGGGUGGUGUUUCAUGACAGAAGACUCCAGUACACAGAGCACCAGCAACUGGAGGGGUGGAAAUGGAAUCGCCCUGGAGACCGUCUCCUAGAUAUUGACAUCCCUCUGUCAGUGGGUAUUGUGGAGGCGAAGGCCAACCCCGCUCAGCUCAACGCUGCCGAAUUCCUCUGGGACCUCAACAAGAGAGCCUCCGUGUUUGUGCAGGUUCACUGCAUCAGUACAGAGUUCACCCCUAGGAAGCAUGGAGGAGAGAAGGGAGUUCCCUUCAGGAUCCAGCUGGACACUUUCAGACAGGGAGACAACGGAGAGUACACCGAACACCUCCACUCUGCCUCCUGCCAAAUCAAAGUCUUCAAGCCAAAGGGGGCAGACAGGAAACAGAAGACUGACAGAGAGAAGAUGGAGAAACGAACGUCUCAGGAAAAGGAGAAGUACCAGCCCUCCUACGACACAACCAUACUAUCAGAGAUGAGGCUGGAGCCCAUCAUAGAGGAGGCAGGAGACUAUGAGCUGAAGAAGUCCAGCAAGCGGACGCUGCCGGCUGAUUGUGGGGACUCGCUGGCCAAGAGAGGCACUUGUUCUCCGUGGCCUGAUGCCUACAUCAGCUCUCCACAGACAGCUGGCCCCUCUUUCUCCUCUACACCGCUCUCCACAUACACUGCCUCCUCUGUACCUGACAGUGGCCCCUCGUCGCCCAAUCACCAGACAGACCCUGUCAGCCAAGUCGUCACAGAGCAGCUCAGUCCUACGGCUACCAUCAAGGAGGCUCAGAAGUGGCUUGUCAAGAACCGCUUCAACACAUAUGCACGACUCUUCUCCCACUUCUCAGGUUGUGACUUAAUGAAGUUGACCCGGGAUGACCUGGUUCAGAUCUGUGGAGCUGCUGAUGGAAUCAGACUCUUCUACACACUCAGAUCCAGGUCGGUGCGUCCCAGGUUGACCAUCUAUGUGUGUCAGGAGUGUGACGUGGAGAGCCCCCUGCUGGAGAGACGCUGCGACAGCGAGAACGGAGAGCACAGUGACUCACCUAACUUAUAUGUGUACCAUGCUCUAUACCUGGAGGAGCUGACGGCUGCUGAGUUGAUCAGGAAGAUGGCGUGUGUGUGUAGUGUUCCACUGGGACAGAUCAACCAGGCAAAAAAGAGAGAAUGGGUCCUGUCAUGUCGGUAG